GCGUGUGUACGGUCACGUGAUGUGUUUAUGUAGCGAGGGAGCUGUAACUGUGUUUUUCUCUCAAAGCCUAGCUGUUAACAUAUUAACGUUAUGUGUAAACUUCUCUUCUAUAUUAGGAGGUUGUAUGGCGUGUAAUACUGUUUAAAAUGUGUCACGUGUUAUUUUUCUUUACCCGAGAAGCUGUGUGUUAGUAAUGGUUUAGCUUUCCCCAAACACACACACACACACACACACACACACACACACACACCCUGUAGGCAGUGCACAGUGAGGACAUGCGGUCCCUGAGUUUUGUCCAGCGUGUGUGUUUGGACUUCACCGGCUCGCUGUUUCCUCACGCGAUCUGCCUCGGAGACGCCGAUAACGACUCUUUGAAUGAACUUGUGGUCGGUGACACGAGCGGGAAGUUAUACAUCUAUAAGAAUGACGACUCCAAGCCCUGGCUCACGAGAACAUGCGCAGGAAUGCUAACCUGUGUGGGAGUAGGAGACCUCUGUAAUAAAGGCAGGAACCUCGUGGUGGCUGUAGGUGCAGAAGGCUGGUUCCACCUGUUUGACAUCGCCUCGGCUGCAGCCAAAGCCGAGUCCUCCGGCCAGCCCGAGGGGUUGUUUGGGGAUGACCAGAAGCCAUGUUUUACCCAGCACAUCCCUGCCAACACUAAAGUCAUGCUCAUCAGCGACAUCGAUGGCGAUGGCCGCAGCGAGCUUGUCGUGGGCUACACCGACCGCGUGGUGCGAGCUUUCCGCUGGGAGGAGCCGCCCGAUGCCACGGACCUGACUGACGGCCAGCUGAUUUUGUUAAAGAAAUGGCUCCUGGAGGGACAGGUGGACAGUCUAUCAGUGAGCCCGGCCCCAGACGGCAGGCCUCAGCUCAUGGUGUCUCAGCCCGGCUGCGGUUACGCCAUCCUGCUCUGUUCCUGGACACAAGAUGGCGCUGCAGCACCUGGAGAGACCCGAACGGCCGCUUCCGCAGGAGAAGGGCCCUCCAGAGACGUUGUUCUUCGUCUGACCACCAGCCGCAUUCAUAACAAGAACGUGUCGACCCAUUUGAUAGGCAGCAUCAGUAGGGGGUCGAAGGAGGACGACUCUAAAGGAGGCUUAUUUGCGCUCUGCACUUUAGAUGGUACCCUGAAGCUUAUGGACAGCUCUGAGCAGCUCCUGUGGUCGGUGCAGGUGGAUCACCAGCUCUUUGCACUGCAGAAACUGGACGUCACGGGUGACGGCAGAGAAGAGGUGGUGGCGUGUGCCUGGGACGGCCAGACGUACAUCAUCGACCAUAAUCGCACAGUCGUUCGGUUCCAGUUUGAUGAGAACGUGAACGCUUUCUGCGCUGGACUGUAUGCGUGCAAGCAGGGCAGGAACACCCCGUGUCUGGUGUACGUGAGCUUCAGUCACAAGAUCUACGUGUACUGGAGGGUCGAGCUGGAGUGCAUGGAACCCACCAGCCUCCGGAAAGUUCUGGAGGAGAAGCCAGAAUACACAGAUCUGCUGCGCAAACUGGGAGUGGACGCGAGUGACGCAGAAGCGGUCCGGAAGCUCAUCGGAGACGUCCUGUACAGAGACUCGGAACAACGCGAGAGAGAGAAAGACAUCAGACGCUUUUUGUAAACGUUUAACUCGACGACGAAUAAACGUCUCCAACAGA